UUGUGCUUACCCACUCCAUUCUAAUAAAAACUUAAAGAUAGUGAACUAUAUAUUUAUUCGUAAUGGAAACUGUAAUUGAAGAAGAUAUUGUGAUUGUGGGAGCUGGAAUUGCUGGACUCACAACAUCCUUAGGACUUUACAGAUUGGGCGUUCGAAGCUUGAUAUUAGAAUCUUCGGAUGGUUUGAGAGUGAGUGGAUUUGCUUUAAUAAUAUGGAAAAAUGCUUGGAAGGCAUUGGAUGUUGUUGGUGUUGGAGACAUCCUUCGUCACAAACAUCUACAACUUUAUGGGCAUGUGACUACUUCUUUGAUAACGGGGCAACAAAUAUCAACCACGUCUUUCAUGGACAACAAAGGAAAACAUGGAGGAGCCUAUGAAGUUCGAAGGAAAUUAUUGUUGGAAGCCCUUGCCAAUGAACUUCCUAGUGGCACCAUUAGAUACAUGUCAAAGGUUGUUGCUAUUCAAGAAUCUGGCUUGUCUAAGAUACUCCAUCUUGCUGAUGGAACAACCAUCAAAACUAAGGUAUUGAUUGGGUGUGAUGGAGUAAACUCUGUGGUAGCAAAAUGGUUAGGCUUCAAGGAGGCCUCUUACGUGGAGAGUUAUGUAACUAGGGGUUAUGUAGAGUUGAAGGACACUCACGAACUUGAACCAAUGUUCAAGGAGUACUUAGGCAAAGGUUUUCGAGUUGGAGCUGUUCCAUGUGAUGACAAGUGUGCUUAUUGGUUUUUCACAUGUACUCCUAGCAAGCAAGAUAAAGAGCUAGCAGAGGAUCCUGCUAAACUAAAACAAUAUGUGUUAAGCAAGCUAGAGGAGAUUCCAAGUUAUGUUAGAUUUAUCAUAGAAAACACUAAUUUAGAUGCUUUACAUUCAGCUCCAUUGAGAUAUAGACAUCCUUGGGAACUCAUAAUGGGAAACAUUAGUAAAAACAAUGUUUGUGUUGCUGGAGAUGCUUUGCACCCAAUGGCACCUUAUCUUGCCCAAGGGGGGUGUUGUGCUUUAGAGGAUGGGGUGGUUUUAGCAAGGUGCUUAGGUGAGGUAUUUUCCAAGAAACCAAAGGAAGAAGAAGAAGAAGAAGAAUAUAAAAGGAUUGAAGAAGGUUUGAAGAAAUAUGCAAAGGAGAGAAGAUGGAGAUGGGUUGAUCUAAUUACUACAAGUUAUAUUGUGGGUUCUAUUCAUGAAAGUGGUUCAAAAUUUGUUAACUUUUUUAAGGGCAGACUUUUGGCUGCAUUCUUUGCUGCUCUGCCGUUGAAGAAGUCAAAUUUUGACUGUGGACAAUUAAAAUAGCUUUAUAACCAGUGACACAAUUGUCUUCAAUGAUUCGUUCUUGCUUUCAUCAUCUUUCCUGGACAAUAACAAUAAAGGAAAUGUUAACCAGUAUCUUCGAUGAUUAUCAGUUUGAAAAAUAAAUAUAGUAGUAAUGUAUUAAAACUUGUGUAAUUAAUUUCUUAAAAAUGU